UUGAUGUGAGUCUUGGCCGGCAGAUUUCGUACUGAUCGACCCUUACACACGCACGCACGUCUCCCAUGCGACGUGCCAUUGGCCGCCGAGAGGCCGCCAGCGGAAUAUGGAAGGAGCAGCAAGACCACUCAUUCAAGGAGCAAGGAACUCCAAGCAGAGACUUGAUGGAGGCAAGGUGACAUGUUGGUGCUGCGGAUUGAUGGCCAUGUUGAAGGCAUUGACGUUGAAGGCGGCGCCUCAACGGUGAACCGGUUCUGCAUCGAGAUCUUGUGCCGCGCAGAUUUGAUGUGUUCAACCGUGAACAGCAUGGGUGCUUGAGCUGCCUUCAAGGAGCUGGCUGUGGGUUCUACACGUUGAGUGUCCAGCAGUGUCGAGUCGACAAAAUGGGUCAGCUACGUGUCGCUGUUGAUGCUGGAGGCAUUCUCGGAUCUCUCCCUUGACCGUAGUGAACCAGUAACUGCUCGACUUGACUAAGUUGGCGCUAGCAAAAUGAUCUCAAUGAAGAUAUGCCCAGCGAUGGAGGCUUGUUCUACAGGCAUGAAUUGAGCUUUGCGAGGAAGUAGAUUAUCGUACACCGUGAGCAGCGUCCUUUCUUGCACAAUUGAAUUUCCAUUCGUCCGGCAUAGCGAGCAUCACUUUCCGUGCUGCCCCAGAGUGAACUCUCCGUGGCGCCCCAGAACGAUCACAUUGCAACGCAAGAAGGUAGCGCGUUUCGUUUGCAGUCUGACGAACGCGCUUAAAGGGUUAACCCUUUCAGGAGUUCACAAGAGGCUACAACCCACUACGGUUGUUUCGAUGAUGUUGGACAUCCAUUCUCUUUCGUUUCCAGGCUUACACGAGCUAUUUUCUAAUGGAAUCUCCUGAAUCUACUAAAGGACGAGAUUAAACGUUGGUGUAGGUGGGUAUGUGUUGCGCUUUUGGCAGCAGUAUUGCCCAGUUGCCAUUGUGCUUUGAACUUAGUAUUGCUACAUGUUAUCAUAUCCAUCGUUUGUACCAGCAGAUUAGCUGACAGGAGAUUCUUACUAGUAUUUUUUAGUUGUCAAGAGCCAGGCUUUAUAAAUCCCGUAAUUUUACCGCCAUGGCGACGCACCAGGCGCACCGCUUGCCGUGGUCAUCGCUGGGGGACGUCUACGCGUCCAUGACACUCGAGAACAACCGCUAUCGCUACGAGGAGACGGAGGCCAAGAAGAAGCAGGUGGCGCACUUCGCUCGCUGUCUCGCUGAUGCGCUCAAGGAGUUCGCGGCGACAGAUAAGCGGCCGCCAGUGGACGAUACCGGCCAUUCGUUAGAUCCGACAACAUGGGGCAUCGAUCCUUUCGGCGGCUUGGGCUACACAGGCUAUUACUACAGUCUAAUUGGAGGAUACGUGCAGCUGAACCUGCUGCUGUUGGAUGCGGACAAGUUCCUCCCCAUUCUGCAGCGAGGACACCACGACUCGGUGCCGUAUUUUAUCGAGCUCCUGUGUGGAUACUGCGACGGAGGCCACCCGGAUUGGAUGGCGGAACGUCUACAGCUAAUCCUGGAGGGAAACAAACUCAAGCCGAUGACGGCCGAGGUGCUGCAGACCAUUCGCGACCACUGUGCUUUACUGUUCCGGUGUCUUUACAGCAUCAGCGGCGAGAAUAAGGCGCUGGAUCCGGAAACGGUGGAACGCUGCAUCUGUCUGUAUUGAUCGAGGGAUGAGAAGGAAGAAGAAGGUCGCUGACAAUGACAAUGCUGCUUGUUUAGUUAUUUUGCUAUAAGGCGUUUGCUUUCAAGCGCUCUUCCCCUAGAAUUACAAGAACGUACGCAGGUGGCACGGGAUGCAGCUCACUGGGCCUCUGGCUCGCAGAGGCGGUCACUUACUCACUGGGACUAAUAAAUAUCAAGAGGGGGGCUUCUCGUCUCUCUCUUCUUCACACUUCACACUUCAC